UCUCUCUGUCUCUUUAUAAACACAUGCCUUAAGCCACUUCCCUCACAAUCAUCAUCAUACUGUUCUUCUCCUUAUCUUUUGAAGCAAAAACACUUCUUUUUAUAUGACCCUCCUCUGUUUUUUCUUUUCCUAGUUUCAUAUCUCUUUGUUUCAUUCUUAACCUUCAUUAGACAGUGACUUUGUAUUGUCCUAAAACAACAACAACAACAACAACAAAAAUCUUUAAAAGAGACCGAGAUGUUGCAGGUUGUAGGCAAGUACCGGUGGAGACAAUCAUAUCGGUACAAGAAGCUAACUGAUCAACAGGAGAAAUUGACAACAACACCACCCACGACAACAACAACAACGAGGUCGUCGGCCAAAAGACAGAACUUGGGGAAGAAGAACGAGAUUCGAGCAAAAGGGUUCAGAGUAAAUCGGUCAAGGAAGCUGGUUCUUAAGGCAUUAGCUUUGCCCACAAGGAUCUUUAACAUUUAUAUGCGCAUCACAAAUCAGAUGAACAAAGAAGGUUUAUAUCCUAAUCUUGUUUUCUCUUCUCAUUGGGGUUUCCCUGGUCUGCUGAAUUCAAGAGGUGGAUUCCGUUAGUGAGAAGACAUCUUAUUCUGAUUACUCAAAAAAUAAUGAAACAUGCAUAGAAAUGUAAACCCAAUGAUUGCAUUACAUACGUGAUACAUACGAUGUUUUCCCAAAUUACAAUUUGGAGGAUUAUAUGAACAGAGUUCAAGAUAUUUUUCUCUUCCAUA